AUGGUAACACGUCAACACCCUGCGCGGAAGUGGUGUUGUGGGCAUCAGACGCUGUGGAGGCGCCGACCGUUAAGUACAGCUGGUGUGCUGAGCUCCGCCUCUACUGCUUCCAACAGGUCAAGGAAUAGGUCCCGCUAUCGGACCAAAGCCCUGAGCUCCGAGGUGGAUGAGAGCCUUUUUGGAGCUAUCAAGCCCCUGACCCAGAGUGACAGCCCCAUCGUGCUGCUCCGAGAUAAGCAUGCCAUUCGGAAAACUCUCACGGCCCUGGGCUUGGACCACAAGCCGGAGACCAUCCAGCUCAUCACCCGGGACAUGGUCCGGGAGCUGAUCAUUCCCACCAAGGACCCUUCUGGGCAGUCCCUCAUCAUGAGCCCUGAGGAGUUCGAGCGGAUCAAAUGGGCAUCCCACGUCCUGACUAGAGAAGAACUCGAGGCCAGGGAGCAGGCCGUCAAGAAGGAGAAGGAAGCCACUGUGGACACAGUGACCACACGCAAGAAGAUCAUGAAGCAGAAGGAAAUGGUUUGGAGGAACAACAGGAAGCUCAGCGACCUGGAGGAGGUCGCUAAGGAGAGGGCCCAGAACCUUCUGCAGAGAGCCAACCAGCUGCGGAUGGAGCAGGAGGAAGAACUGAAGGAUAUGAAAAAGAUCAUCCUCAAUGCCAAGUGCCAUGCCAUCCGGGAUGCCCAAAUUCUGGAGAAGCAGCUGAUCCAAAAAGAACUGGAUGCAGAGGAGAAGCGGUUGGAUCAGAUGAUGGAGGUGGAGCGGCAGAAAUCUAUUCAAAGGCAGGAGGAGCUAGACAGAAAGAGGAGGGAGGAGAGAAUCCGAGGAAGACGGCACAUUGUGGAACAGAUGGAAAAGAACCGGGAGGAGCGAUCGCUGCUUGCUGAGCAGCGGGAGCAGGAGAAGGAGCAGUUGCUGGAAUACAUGGAAAAGCUCCAAGAGGAGGAUCUAAGGGACCUGGAACAGAGGCACCAGCAAAAGCUGAAGAUGCAGGCUGAGAUCAAACGCAUCAAUGAUGAAAGCCAGAGGCAGAAAGCAGAGCUGCUGGCUCAGGAGAAGCUGGCCGACCAGAUGGUGAUGGAGUUCACCAAGAAGAAGAUGGCCCGAGAAGCAGAGUUUGAGGCUGAGCAGGAGAGAAUCCGGAGGGAGAAAGAGAAGGAGAUCGCCCGCCUGAGGGCCAUGCAGGAGAAAGCCCAGGAUUACCAGGCAGAGCAGGAUGCCCUGCGGGCCAAGCGCAAUCAGGAGGCCGCCGACAGAGAGUGGCGCAGAAAGGAGAAGGAAAACGCACAGAAGAAGAUGGAAACGGAGGCCAAGCUGCGGAAAAGUCGACUUGAACAGGUGGCUUUCAAGGAGCACACUCUGGCUGUUCAGGUGCAACGGGACCGGGAUGAGUUCGAGAGGAUUCUUCGGGCCCAGCGAGAGCAGAUUGAAAAGGAGCGGCUGGAGGAAGAGAAGAAAGCUACAGGGCGCUUGCAGCACGCCAACGAGCUCCGGCGCCAGGUGCGGGAGAACCAGCAGAAGCAGGUGCAGGCCCGGAUCGCCACCUUCGAUGAGGGCCGGCGCCUCAAGGAGGAGGCCCAGAAGCGGCGUGAGCGCAUUGAAGACAUCAAGAGGAAAAAGCUCGAGGAACUGAGGGCCACCGGCCUUCCUGAGAAGUACUGCAUCGAAGCUGAGCGCAAAGCUAACAUCCCAGCCAACACGUCUGUGAACUGA